GGAAGGUGCAGCUCCUUUCGAACGAUUUCGUCAUUUUGUUUAAUACUUUAAAAAGUACGGCUAUCGGUCUACUAGUUAAGUGUUAAUUGAUAAGAAAAGAGUCUUUUAAAUCUUUGAAUCAGCGGAUUGUAGAUAGCUACCCACUGCUAUCUGCAUUCCUCUACAGCGGAUUUAUUCCAUUUGUUGUGCCGUUCCAUUGUAUGGGUUCAUUUGUUAGCCGGAGUGUCGGAGCAGCAAACAUGAGCGGUCCAGUUGCGGAAUUCGUCAAAACGGCCAUCGCCAAGGAUAAAGUCGUUAUUUUCUCGAAGACUUACUGCCCGUACUGCACUAUGGCGAAGGAGCCAUUCAAGAAGCUUAACCAUGACUUUGCAUGCUACGAGCUUGACAAGCGCAACGAUGGUGAUGAGAUUCAAUCCGUGCUCGGAGAAUUGACCGGCGCAAGAACGGUACCGCGAGUGUUUAUCGAUGGCAACUUUGUCGGUGGUGGCACAGACAUCAAGAAGAUGUACGACGAUGGUCGGUUACAGAAAAUGCUUGAAUAAGAGCGGUAAUCAUCCAUCCCCUCUAAACGAAACUGUUAAGACAUUCUUUAUUUUGAUUCUCUCUUAAAAAGUGUUACAUCGCAGAACAAAAACAAC